AUUUUUUUGCGCGCGUAACUUGGAUAAACGACAGCGUUUUAAUUGCCACAACUGGCAAGGCUACUAGGCUCGUCGCCGCCCAUAUUCUAUUUCCGUAAACUUUAGCAGUGCUGCUAUUGAGAGCUAAGCCGUCAACAAGUUCACUGAACCAUUCCACCACCAUGAGACACAUCCGUCACAAUCGUCAGCUUAUCUCGAGAACCACCGUUCGCCGCCACUACGCCACCAAAUAUACGGCCAAAAUCACCUCAACAUCCUCCACAGGCCGCAGCCUCUCCGCCGAAGUAACUCUACCUCUUCCCUCCGACCCUCGCGGUUACCCACUCCCCCGCCGUCAUCUUAUCUGUAAAGCUACCAAAAUCCUCCUCCAAUCCCACCGCAAUACCACCAGCCGUUCUCGCCUCUCCUCAUCUCGCCUACAAAUUGAACCAGAUCCUUUCCUUUCUCUCGAGGAAUACCUCUCCUCCCUCUCCAUCUCACUCACCCCAGCUGAAGCCUCCGAAAUUUUAAAAUCCCUGAAUAGCCCUUCCCUGGCUCUGAAAUUCUUCCACUUUUGCCCAUCUCUUUCCCCAGAUUUCCGCCACGAUGCCUUCACUUAUAGUCGCCUCAUCCUCAUAAUCUCGAAAUCUACUCUCCCCGAUAGAAUCAAUCUUGUUCGUUCUAUCGUUUCAGAGAUGGAGAAGAAUGGGGUACGCGGCACGAUAUCCACCGUGAAUAUAUUGAUCGGGUUUUUUGGGGACAGUGAAGACUUGAAGAAAUCUGUUGCGCUUAUGGAGAAAUGGGGUUUGAGAAUGAAUGGGUAUACUUACAAGUGUUUGGUUCAAGCUUAUUUGAGGUCACGUGACAGUGAGAAAGGGUUUAGGGUUUAUCUGGAGAUGAAGAGGAAAGGGUAUAAACUUGAUAUUUUUGCUUAUAAUAUGCUCUUGGAUGCUUUAGCCAAAGAUGAAAAGGUAGGCCAGGCUUACAAGGUUUUUGAAGACAUGAAAAGUAAGUAUUGUGAGCCUGAUGAGUAUACAUACACAAUCAUGAUCAGAAUGACUGGAAAGAUUGGUAAACCUGAUGAAUCUCUGGUGCUAUUUGAGGAAAUGUUAAACAAGGGUUGUUCUCCUAACUUAAUUGCUUAUAACACUAUGAUCCAAGCAUUGGCCAGCAGCCAAAUGGUUGACAAGACCAUUUUCCUUUUCUCAAAAAUGAUGGAAAAAGAUUGCCAGCCCAAUGAAUUCACAUUUAGUGUCAUACUCAAUCUCCUAGCUACUGAAGGGCAACUUCAUAAGCUAGAUACAGUCGUUGAAUUAUCAAGAAAGUACAUGAAUAGGUCAAUAUAUGCAUAUCUUGUGAGGACAUUAAGCAAAUUGGGGCAUUCAAGUGAGGCUCACAGAUUGUUUUGCAAAAUGUGGAGCUACCAUGAUAGAGGAGAUAGGGAUGCUUGCUUGUCAGUGUUAGAGAGUUUGUGUAGUGCUGGUAAAACUACAGAGGCCAUCGAUAUGCUGAGUAAAAUUCACGAGAAAGGAAUAACUACUGAUACAAUCAUGUAUAAUACAGUAUUCUCUGCCCUGGGCAGGUUAAAGCAAAUAUCCCAUCUUCAUGAUCUUUAUGAAAAGAUGAAACAAGAUGGCCCUUUGCCAGAUCUAUUCACCUACAAUAUUCUGAUCUCCAGCUUUGGUAGGGCAGGAAAAGUUCAUGAAGCUAUAGAAGCAUUUGAAGAACUUGAGAACAGUGAUUGCAAGCCUGACAUUAUAUCUUACAAUUCAAUGAUUAAUUGCCUUGGGAAGAAUGGUGAUCUUGAUGAAGCUCACAUGAGGUUCAAGGAAAUGCAAGAGAAGGGGUUCAAUCCCGAUGUUGUGACUUACAGCACGCUCAUUGAGUGUUUUGGCAAAACUGGUAAAGUUGAAAUGGCUUGCAGGUUGUUUGAUGAGAUGCUGGCUUCUGGCUGCUGCCCUAACAUUGUAACAUACAACAUCUUACUCGACUGUUUGGAGAGGAGUGGAAGAACUGCUGAAGCUGUGGAUUUGUAUGCUAAACUGAAACAGCAAGGAUUAACACCUGAUUCAAUCACAUACUCUGUGCUUGAACGGUUGCAAAGCGGUUCACAUGGAAAAGUCAGACUACGCAGGCAGAAUCCAAUCACAGGUUGGGUUGUUAGCCCAUUGAGGUGAUGGUGACUCGUUAUGUGUCACUGGCAAAAAGUUGAGCACAAGUUUUGGUCCUUUAUUGCUUUGCUACAGAGUAGAUGCCUUUUAUUAAUGACCUAUUACAUGAAAGCAUUGAUCCUCGAGAAAUAUUUACAAAAAAUAAGGUGUUGCAUUGCUUGCGGUGAGCUGAUAUUGAAAUCUCAUUAAAGAUCACAUCUUUGAUUGGGAAGAGGUUUGGGCAAUAACAUCCAAUUAUUUGCGAGGUUACAUUAGGUCAUUAUUGUUGUAUACUGAGACAUGUUGAGAAGCACUGAAUCGCUGGAUGUUGAUUCUGACGGGAUAUCAUGCUAGGCUAGGGGGAUUCCUUGAGAUGAAAUCGUUGGAACUUUUCUUCCAUCCAAUGUUGUGCGGAGUAGAAGUGAUUAGAACUAGGGAAAAGCUCAUAUUAAAGUAAGCAUUAACAUUAAUUUGACUUUUAAUUUAAUAA